UGACACACUGUUCAUUCUCUCAGUUCAGAUCAGGGGCCUCAUGUAGAGAGAUGAAAAUCAAAUAGCAUAAUAAAUAGUUAAACUAUCAAAUAGCUAUCAAAAAACCCAAUUUCAAUUCAAAUAUAAUUUAACAGUGUUAAAUUCUUUUCCAAGUUUCAUGGUCAAAUUCACACUAAUCAAAAAUGUUAAGAUUUAAUUAAAUUAAUAUCUAUGUAUUUAUUAACUUUAAACCAAGAGUCUUCAACCGGGGGUCCACAGCGGUACUGCAGGGGUCCAAUUAAUGUUUGAUCACAGAUAGUUUUUUGAUCUCUUGAACACAAUGGCCAAUCAGAGGUGUUUCAUUUAGUCAGAAUCCACUCACUGCUCAAAACACUGGAGUUUUUGUUCAGAGCUGAGUUCUGCACGCUCACGAAUCCUCUCAUUAACAAAGACACGAUGCAAGUAAGAGAUUCAUUAUUCAGUGUAGACAACUUUAUUGAUUAUAAUGGAACUUUGUGAAAUCGUGAACUGAGAUGAGUGACAGCUUUUUAUUGAUUGUAAAGCGAGCGCUCUUUUGAGGUUAUACAUAAUCCACUGAAUAAAGGUUUCUUUUUCUUGCUGCUGAGAGGAGCAAUGGCCAAUUACACACUGCGACACAGCAUGUCAAAAUAGAUACACGCAAUGUAAAAGCAGACUAAUAGAUUACUAGAAAAAUAUUCAUAUCAAUAAAUUCUUAAAAUUCUAUUCCAAUUAUUUGUAAAAGUAAUGACUUGUAAAUAAUCUUAAAUGUCUCACUGUACAUUGUUAUUCUUGUUAUGGUGGAGCCUGUUACAUGUGCACUCUGUUUUGGACUCAUUUUGGACUUGUUGUUGUUCUAUUUCCCGCCACUAGUCAUUCACCAUGGUAACUGAUCACCUCAUCAUCACAUCCAGCUGUGUCUAAUUACCCACCUUGUUAUCCCAUGUAUAUAUACCCUAUGUUUUCAGUCCAGUGUUGUCCGGUAUCGUUCAUGUAUGUGUUGGUGUAUGUUCCUGUAUUCUUCUGUGGAUUAUCUAGUAAAAGACUUGUUUGGACUUUAUCUCCUUGUCGUGUGCUUAAUACACCAGCUAUUGUAACAGAAUACCGGACCAAACAGUUAAGACAGAUUGCGGCGUGUUUUUUGUUUUCCGUGUCAGUGUUUUUCGUGUUGCACUUUUCGUUACCGUCACGAUGUACACACCCGCAUUUCUGUUGCUCUGCCUUGAGCAGAAGGACUGCUCCCUCGAGGAACAUUUGGACAAUUUUUUGCUCCUUGCACCAUUGACACAGUACCCGGACAGCAGCCUUUGCAACUUUCUGUUUGCUGGCCUGAACACCGCCACCAAAGCGCUGCUGUCCGGGGAAGGACCUCGAGGGAGCUUCUCCGAAUAUGUGGAGUGGGUACUGGCGUCAUGUGGAUUGUCAAUGACCGUGGAUUUCUGCGACAACGACGCCAGUCCCACUCCCACUCCAGUGCCCAGCCAGGAACCCUCAGACGGCGUGGAAAGACAGCGCGACCCCACCGAAGACAGAGAGCCCGCCUCCACCGCGAUGCAGGAGCCAGCGACCAGCGGAACGACUGAGCGUAACAUCGGCACGGAGACGGAGCCCAGCGUGUCUGACCAGGUGUGUGAGUUUGCUGUUACCAUCGCCGAGGGAGACAGUGUGGAAGACGAGGGGUUGGAAGGGAGCCCUGCCCACACUCCCGCCACUGAGAGUGAGUUCCAAGCAAGAACUAUGGACUGUUGUGACUUUGGAGAGGAUUCCCUACCUCAGUUAAUUCCUCCUGAAACUAUCAUUUCCAUUUUGGAUGAAAUGGUCCCGCCCAGCCUCCCUCUCCCACCUCCUCUCCAAAACCCUGAUAAUGACUUUUUUUGUUUUAGUCCCUCUGCUAUUCAACCUGUUCUCCAGCCCACAACCUUGCCUGCAACCCAGCCCUUGCUGUCUUACAUCACGCCCUCAGCUCUACACCAGCCUCCUCUCAGUGGCGUGGCUACACCUGGGGCCUGCUGUGAGCCAGCCUCAGGCGAUGAGGAUUCUGCGGCUCCGCCUCUGGCCUCAGGUCACGUCGUUACACCUCGGCUCAUCGUCCUGACUCCUCCGCCGCUGCUCCUUCCACCCUCGUCUACAGCAGUGACCAUCGAGCGUUCGGCUCCACUGGACUCCCUCGGUCCUGCGACUCUGCCUGGGUCAGACAUCGCCAUCACAUCGCCACGGACCUAUGGGUCGUUUGAGUUUCUCUGACCCGCCACCCCUACGGCUCCGAUGGGCUCCGCCUUCCCUCAGACUCCGCCUCGGCCCUCAGUCGUUCCAGCUCCACCUCAGCCCUCUGGUACCUUGCUGCUGCCUUGGGGGGUCGUCGCUGCGACUCCGUCGCGGACCUCGAGACCAUCGGCAUCACUCCGCUCCUUCGGCUCUCUGUCUUCACCCCAGAAUCCAUCUACAUCGGCUUCCACGCCUCCCCAAGGUUGUUUGGAACGAUUCACCACCUCGGCUCCUCCCUCCAGCAACGCUGCCGUGGGUCGCCGUCCUGGCUGUGGCCUGGAGCAACAUCUGGACUCCUCUGCUCAAGGCUACUCACUGGAUUUCUCCACCAUCUUCACCUCCCUGGACUUCACCACCUUCUGCACCUCCCUGGACUCCUGCACUUCGCCUCCUCCCGGUUAGCCGUCCACCUCCUGAGCCACCUCCUACACCAUCUUCUGCAUCUCAUCUUCAUCUUCCCCUCUCCACGGCGCGAGGACGCGCCUUUCCGGGAGGGGGCGAUAUGUUACAUGUGCACUCUGUUUUGGACUCAUUUUGGACUUGUUGUUGUUCUAUUUCCUGCCACUAGUCAUUCACCAUGGUAACUGAUCACCUCAUCAUCACAUCCAGCUGUGUCUAAUUACCCACCUUGUUAUCCCAUGUAUAUAUACCCUAUGUUUUCAGUCCAGUGUUGUCCGGUAUCGUUCAUGUAUGUGUUGGUGUAUGUUUCUGUAUUCUUCUGUGGAUUAUCUAGUAAAAGACUUGUUUGGAUUUUAUCUCCUCGUCGUGUGCUUAAUACACCAGCUAUUGUAACAGAGCCGCUGCUACACAUUACAUCUGCUCUUUACUAGAGAACCUGCAAUAGUUUCAGAUACUCAGUGAUUCGUAAAAUUAAAAUGUGAAUUUGUAAUAAACUUGAAGCUAAAGUUCAGAUAAACGUUUAAUUGUCCACCUGACUAGUAAAAUUAAAUGUGUGACUCUAUGUUAACCAUACAUCAAAUGUGUUUUCGGAGAUUUGAGCUACUUGAUAAAAUGAGCUGUUUUUCCAAUUUGGUCUUAAUUUCUUUUAUGUCAUCUAUUUACAAACACAUAUUUAAUUAUUUAAAUUCCUUCUUUAUGUGCAAGAAUAUUCAACUGGUAAACCUGAAUUAUUUAUUCAUACACAAAUUCUCUGACUUUGUUUGAAUAUCUGAAGGAAUUUUACAUUGUGACGGUUUAGAAAACAUCAAAAUACUGACCACUAAACUCUGGACAACUUCUGCAGCACUGAAGAUUUAUGAACUUUUAUUUUCCUGAUGUUUUAACAGUGAAGUGAUUGUUCUCAGUG